GUGUGUUACAAGCUGCCCGCACCCAUCUUCCUUUCUCGCCCGCGGUACAAACGUACAUGUGCCACACAAGCAGCACUUCUCUACGGAGUUGGUCCCGUCGUGAUCCACAAAUGCCGGUCAGCCAUGAGUGCGCUUUCUUUACACAACAGCGUGCUUCCCCGCAGGGCUGCCUUCCUGUCAUCUUGUGACCUUUUGACAACUGAGUGCCCCAUUGCCAAUUCAACUGGCUGCGUCGGCUUCGAUUUGUCCUCCAUUGUCAAUCCCUUCGAAGGACCUCGAGUGACCCUUUCCACGGCCUUCGUCCCAGCUAUAAGCUUCUGCUACCAGAAGUUCGUCCGGUAG